AUGACCGGGCCCCCUCCCCCAGACCACACCUCAGACCUGUCGUCCAAUAUCCAGACAACCGCUGCUUCAACUGCUCAAGAUGCCGAGGGACGACAGCCCGCCGCCGCCGCCUCCGCCGCCGCCCAACUCGCCAGUGCAAAGAUAAGCCUGCGCAAGACACUUCGCCAGUUCCCCGACUUCCCUAUUCCUGGAAUUGACUUCGUUGAUAUCAUGCCCUUGUUCGCCAAUGUCGACGCCCACGCUACUCUCGUUUCCGCUCUCGAGCUGCAGAUUACCCAGACCUUCAACAACGUAAAGCCCGAUAUCAUUGUUGGACUUGAUGCCCGCGGCUUCCUCUUUGGCCCUGGCCUUGCUCUGAGUCUCGGCGUCGGCUUUGCCGCCGUUCGCAAGAAGGGCAAGCUUCCCGGCCCUUGCGUCACUGCUGAGUACGUCAAAGAGUACGGCAAGGAUUUGUUUCAAAUGCAACAAGAUGCCAUCAAGGAGGGGCAGAAGGUCCUCAUAGUGGACGACAUUAUUGCAACUGGUGGCUCUGCCAAAGCCGCAGCUGAUCUCGUCACGCAACUCAAGGGCCAGGUCAUGGGCUAUCUGUUUAUUCUGGAAGUUCCCGGUCUCGACGGCCGUGACAAACUUGGCGCGGCUCCUACAGCCAUCCUGCUAGAGGGCGUUUAA